AUGCCAGCUAAUAAAUCUUUCCCUCUGGUUGUAGAUGUAUGGGCCAACCCAACCCACAAUAGGAUUCCAGAGACGGAGCGUCUUUUUAAACAAAGCCAUGCGGACCCUGCGCUAUUCUCCAAAAAGCUCUCUCCAGAGCAGAUCAUCGCUCUGAUGGAUGAAGCUGGCGUAUCGCAGAUAUGCCUAUCGGCCUGGAACAGGCCAGGUUCCGUUAUCGCGUCUAACGAGGAAAUUGCCGAGUAUACUCGAGCUUUCCCCAACCGCAUUUUCGGCCUUGUGUCGGUCGAUCUGCACGAUCCCGUGUCUGCGGUAAAGGAUCUAGAUCACUACGUUAGGAAAGAAGGCUUCAAGGGUCUUCGGGUUGUGCCGUGGCUAUGGAACCUUCCCCCGACCGAUGCGCAUUAUUGGCCACUGUUCGUCAAGUGCAUCGAGCUUGACGUUCCGUUCCUCACACAGGUCGGUCACACAGGACCGCUUUGCCCAAGCGAAGUAGGAAGACCGAUUCCUUAUAUCGAUGAAAUAGCACUCAAGUUCCCGGAUUUGAAGAUCAUUUGUGGCCAUCUCGGCUAUCCUUGGGCUGCUGAGAUGGUGUCUGUGGCGUGGAAGCACCCUAACGUCUACAUCGAUACAAGCGCUUGGUCACCCAGGUACUACGACCCAGCGUUUAUCACAUUUGCAAACACUACGGGUCGGAAGAAAGUCAUGUUCGGAACCAACUUUCCGCAGCUGACCUGGAAAGAAUGCGUAAACAAUGUGCACAAAGGCCACGGGAAGAACGGUAAAGGGGGAUUGAAAGAAGAAGUACUGGAUGAUUUCAUAGGGGGGAAUGCUAAGAGAGUCUUGAAGUUGCCUGGCUGGAACGACAAAGAAGCUCAGUCGAAACUUUGCAAUAGUGAUAUAGCGCGUUUGCGCAAACCCAGAUCAUUGGCGUCGCGGAUCGUCUCCUCUGUUCUAGUGGUAAGACACCUGGAACACUACCAUACCCCCACCCUAAAUCCCGAAGACAAUGAUGCAACCUCUCUUACAACCAGCGUUUCAAUUCUGUCAUAUCGGCAAUCGUCUCCUACACCGGUAUGCACACUCUAUCCGGAUCAGCAUCAAGGAAGCCCAGACUCUAGACCGCGAGGUGCAAGACUGGCCGUAUCUAAGAACCCUGGUGAUAUCAGAGGGACGCCCUGUGAUUUCAAUUCCAACGUGACCCGGAAGUUCGAUUCAACGAUGCAGCUCAAUUUGCCCCCAAGGCUGCUGCGAAUUAUCAUCGGAUGCAUUAUCACUAGCGUUAUCCUGGUCGUGAGCAUUGCAUUAUUGAUCCCUUCGCGUCAUUUUGAUCCUGCCAGCCCGCCGUCUUCAAAUUCGGAAACCAAAACAUGGUUCCCGCUGCUACAGCAGAAGCCCUCAUGGACUACCGAACAACUUGAACCAAAAUUUGCGUAUGCGCAUACGAGUCAUCACAGAAUAGGCAUGAAGGCUGGGCUCAUUCUGGUUUUAGAUUAUCAACUUUUCUCUUCUCCGCAUACAUCCGAACAAGCAAAGGCCAUUGAUAAUAUUCGCAGCAAGCAUCCUCACAUUCAUCUACGGCCCAUGGACGUGAUUUCAACCUCGAAGGGCGAUGCAACUUGGCGAGAUAGCCUCACAAAAUUUCAGUCAUUCUCGCUUACUGAGUGGACCCGCAUUCUUGCCUUCGACUCCGACUCUCUGGUCUUAAAUACCAUGGACCACUACUUUCUCAGCCCCAUGGCCCCCCUCGCCGUGCCGCGAGCGUACUGGCUUAAUGAAAAAGACACCGAUAUCGCCAAACAGGUCCUCGGCUCCCACGUAAUGCUCCUUGAGCCGAGCAAAGCCCGCUACGAUAAAAUCAUCAAAGAGGCGUUGCAAUCCGGUGAAUUCGACAUGGAGGUUAUUAACCAUAUGUUCCGGGACUCAGCCAUGAUUCUUCCGCAUCGACGUCUCGCGCUACUCACGGGCGAGUUUCGUGCAAAGAACCACUCCCAGUACUUGGCGCCUGAUGAAGACGAGGAGUGGAAUGCCAUGGCUGAGCGACUGGCCAUUGCCGAAGCCAUGGAAACACCGCACAGCGAAGCAGUGGAACGAUGCGCUCCCUGACUGCCCAAAGAAUGAACCUAGCAGGGAUGACAGGCCUAAAUGCGCUGAUCGAGUUAUGUGGACUGGAUUCUAUGAGGAUUAUGAUCGUUUGAAGGAUCAGGAAUGUGGAAUCCUGCAUGAGCACGAAAACCACUAAGAAGAGACUCAGGGAAGUAUUUGCUAGAUAUUAUAGAGGAUCUAGGCAUAGUUAUAGGAUAUAGCUAUCUCUCAAAAUGGUAUCGUGCGCCUUCCAGGAAUUUAAUAACUGCAGCACGAGCCCUGAUUGACUCCAGGAUCACCGGAUCCCAAUUGAAGCCAUGCCACAUUCCCUCAGC